UGUGUGGGGCGCCGGUCUCCCGGUGUUCUCUUCUUCCAACCCGGCUGGUGGUCGGCGGGUCCGGGCCUCCUGCGUGUCUCGGGCCCAAGAGGGGCCUGUAGCCAGCUCCUCGAGCCGCCAGCCCGUCCUGCCGCCCAUAUGGCCGCCAUCAAGGCCCUGCAAGAAUGGUGCCGGCAGCAGUGCGAGGGCUACCGGGACGUGAGCAUCACCAACAUGACCACCUCGUUCCGCGAUGGCCUGGCCUUCUGCGCUAUCUUGCACCGACACCGGCCUGACCUUAUAAACUUCAGUGCCCUCCGGAAGGAAAACAUUUACGAGAACAACAAGCUGGCCUUCCAAGUGGCUGAGGAACAGCUGGGCAUCCCAGCCCUGCUAGACGCUGAGGACAUGGUGGCCUUGAAGGUUCCAGACCGGCUGAGCAUCCUCACCUAUGUGUCACAAUACUACAACUACUUCCACGGCCGGUCCCCAAUUGGGGGCAUGGCUGGCAUAAAGAGACCCUCAUCCGAUUCGACUGAAGAACUUUCUGGAAAGAAGAAGGGCCUGUCCCAGCCUGCCAAGUUGCCCUCGCCGGCUCAAACCCAGAGGUCACCACUGUCCCCAGCUAGGACAAACCCUGUGGUUCAGAGGAAUGAAGGUGGCUCACAAAGACCAUCCCCAAAGGCUGCUCCGGGGACUGCGGGAAGCUCCGUCAGCAGCAUCUGUGGGGUCUGUGGCAAACAUGUUCACCUUGUGCAGCGGCACCUGGCUGAUGGGCGCCUCUACCACCGAAGCUGCUUCAGGUGUAAACAGUGUUCCAGCACGCUGCACUCGGGGGCCUACCGUGCCACGGGAGAGCCCGGUGUCUUCGUCUGUACCCACCACAGCUCAGAAGUCACCUCUGUGAGCCCCAAGUCAUCAAACCUGGCCUCCAGGAAACCGGGGGGUGUCACUGCAGACACCAGGCCAGUCGGCGUCUCACAGACUGUUCCGGAGACAUAUGGAGAGGGGACACCAGUGAGGGUCAGGACAGCAGCGUGGGGACACGCUGGAGGAAACACAACCGCCAAAGGUUUUGUCCAGACGGAACUUAAGCCACCAGCUACCUCCCAAGUCCACAUGGGGAGCUCUGCAGGGUCCAGGCUACCCACGAGCACAGUGACUACUACUUCUGUGACUAGCAAAGCUCUUACCCAUGUGACGAAUAGCUCCCCAACAGGAUGGUCAUCGCUUGCCCAGAGCAGCCCAGCGAGCUUCAACUCCCGUCCAGUUGUAUCCCCAAGUGCUUGGAACACUCACCUACUUGGGUCCCAUGAGCAGACAGCCUCAAAAGGUGUUAAGACUCAGCUCAACUUGAACUCAGAGUCUUCAAACACAGCGGUCACCCCAGCCUGGACUUCCUCAGCCUCUAAGACCCAGCAGGCCCGAGAGAAAUUUUUCCAGAACCCUUCCCCAGCCCCAGCCCCGGCCCCAGCCCCCACCAGCAAGGUCCCCACUGUGGUGAAUUCCACUAAUAGCAGGGUCACCACGGUGGUAAAUGCCCCCACCACCAAGGUCCCCACUGUAGCGAGUGCCACAAAUGGCAGGGUGCCCACUGUGGUGACUGCCCACACUGGUAGGGUCUCUGCUGUGAUGAAUACCUCUGCCAGCAAAGUCUCUCCUGUUGUGGAUGCCCCUGCCCAGGAGAGCAGCCGGGAGCAAGCAUUAAGUGUCCUUAGGAAGGCCCUUCCGGCGCUGACAGGAGCUGGUACCCAGGCUCCAAACAGGUCCUUCCCAGCCACUUCCUCUGUCCUGGUAACCCUUCCCAAGAAUGAAGUGCCACAAAAAGUUCCCUCAGACAAGCUCUCAGCUUUAACCACCCAGACUCCUAAUUUCACUAUAAAGCUAGAGCCUUCAGCCCCAGUGAAUGUGGGCAAUACGGCUGUAUUUCUCCAGGCUGGCAAAAAGAGCCCGAAUAUUUCUCCAAGGGUUGGUAAGACCAGCGUUGGCUCCAGGCCACAAGCAGAGGUGGCAGGAGUAAAAGGUCCAGGUCCCACCUCUCAGGAAGGCCAAGAGGAGGGACCGGAAGGAUGGAGGGCCCGGCUGAAGCCUGUGGAUAAGAAAACCCCUGCUGGGAGGUCUCUGGAGCAAAAAGAGCCAGUCCUGGCAGAGCCAAGGGUAGGGGACACUUCCAGGAAAGCCUCUAGUAGCUCUGACUCCAGCGUCCAUAUCACCUGGACUUCUAUUCAGCACAAGAGGAAACCAUGCUCUGCUGGUUCCGGGCCCAGGCCUGCAGCCCUCUCUCCUUCUCCAUCACACCGCAAGAAACUAGCUGUCCCUCCCAGCCUUGAUGUUUCAGCUGAUUGGCUCCAGUCAGAGCCCAAGAAGCAGGAAGAUGGGACCAGGAGCUGUAAGGAGGAGAAGUCACCCACCUGGCGGUCAAGAGAGAGGUCUGCAGUCCUGGACAGUGGCCCUGCUCCACCUGGUGAAGCUGUGACUUCCCCAGUCAGGCUCCACCCCGACUAUAUCCCCCAGGAGGAGCUGCAGAGGCAGCUGCAGGACAUUGAGAGCCAACUGGACGCCCUGGAGCUCAGGGGUGUUGAGUUGGAGAAGCGGCUGCGGGCAGCUGAGGGAGAUGCUUCUGAGGAUAGCCUCAUGGUGGACUGGUUCCGGCUUAUUCAUGAGAAGCAGCUGCUGCUGAGGCUGGAAUCGGAACUCAUGUACAAGUCCAAGGACCAGCGCCUGGAGGAGCAGCAGCUGGAUCUCCAGGGUGAGCUGCGCAGGCUGAUGGACAAGCCAGAGGGUCUGAAGUCCCCCCAGGACCGCCAGCGGGAGCAGGAGCUGCUGAGCCAAUACGUGAACACCGUGAAUGACCGAAGUGACAUCGUUGACUUCCUGGAUGAGGAUCGGCUCCGGGAACAGGAAGAGGACCAAAUGCUGGAGAGUAUGAUCCAGAACCUGGGCCUCCAGAGAAAGAAGUCCAAGUCCUUCUUGUCCAAGAUCUGGUCCUCGAAGAGCAAAAGCGGGCAGGCCUGAGCUGCACGUGGCUGGCACCGGGCCCUGGACCUCCUCAGGAAGAGACUGGUGCUGCGGCCCCCGAAAGGGAUACUGGGGGGUGCCAGGGCCUGGGCCUCCCACUCUGGGUCCUCGUCACCUCAAUAAAGACACUGAC